GCUCCUUUGUCAGCUACUCUGUGUCACGCACACAAUAGGGACCUCUGUAGUCCCAUAACAUGAAACAUGCUCAGCCCACACCAUCUGAAUCCAGAGCGAGUGACGCUUCCACUUGGUCCAGCAGUAGAUCAUCGCUGUCCGCACACCACAUCGAUGCGCCUGACCUGCAGGCACAUACCCACAACAAAGGGCCACGCAUCAGCAACCGUCGCCAAACUAGCAGCCUCUUGGUUUCUCACUUGACGAUGUGUUUGAGCCGCUGCCUCCGCUCCAACAGUGCCUGCAGACGAUACGAGUCGUCCUGGCCGUCUGCUGCCACCACCGGAUAACCCAACAGGCUGCCGGCAUGGUGGGCGCGACACAACCACCUAACAUGCAGUGCACCAACAUCAAUCACAGUGAGUGACAUCCGAGCUCAAGGCAAGGAAGGCUCAGUCAUCUGAUCUCACUUUCUAUUAACACACCUGUGUUUCUUCUUUGCUGCGUCCGCGUCUUCCGGAGGGAUGAGGCGCCUGAGUUGCUCUAAGGCCUCCUCCGCACCUCUAGUCUUCCUCACAGCCCACCUUUGCUCCGCUCCACCCUCACUGUCACUGUCACUUCCACCUCCCACCCCUGCCUCCUUCGCCAACCGCUCCAACACCGCCAGCAGCUGAUACGACUCACCCAGCCUCAGCAGACCCUCACGAUUGGCCCGCUGGGUGCGAGCCUGACGAAGGAGGAAGUCGACGUACGCCGCGGUGCCCUGCUGCUUGAGAGCCGCCUGGUCCAACAUGCCGUGUGAGGAAGAGGCAUCGCAUGGCGAAUCACGACACGUGUCUAGCACGUGGCUGAGGUGGUCGGCAAUGUGUCGACUGAUCUCGGGCGCCUUGGGCACUCGCAGCCGGUCGUUGAGGCGGACAUACUCGUAGGGCGUGAUGCCCACACCAGCACCAGCCACCUCUUUCGGCCUCGCACCCUGCUGGACGCCCCUGCGGUCCAGAAAGCGCCUAGCAGACCGACCGAGCGUCUUGGCUGCGUCUUGCAUGCGCCUCGCCUGAACGAGUCUUGCGAAUCUCUUGCGCUGCAGAGCCCCUCUCCAUGACGCCUGCAGACGGACCGCUGCCUCGCGCUGCGACAGCUCUGCAUGCAGAAGGAUCUUGCGAGGCGGCAGAGUUCUCAGGUAGGUGAGCUCCUGCUGCUUCUUGUGUAGGUCGGCUGCGAUGCGCUGGCGUCGCUGGAGGAGGGCUGCGAUGCGCUGAUGGCGCUUCUUGCCUCUCCACCAUCGCUGAAGCUUCACUGCUGAAUGGAACUGAGCCGAGGCGGCAUUGGACACAAUCGACGGCAUGAAACGGUGAAGGAUAGCUGAGUGAGGGACGAC